UCAAGAGGUAUGAUCUCUCCAGUGUACGAACGAUCAUAAAUUUGCAGAUCCGACCACAGACUCUCCUUACCUCGGAGUUGCAACAGAGAUACCAGCACCUCAUGGGACUACCGAUUGAGUCGUAUAACGAGGCCAAUCCGCGAAUCCUAAUCGGCUUGGAUAAUGCCACUCUCGGAUAUGCAAUGAAGAGUCGCGAAGGACAGUCAAAUGAGCCGAUUGCAGUCAAAACACGGCUCGGCUGGAUUGUUUUCGGCAGCAGUGUGGGAGAGAAGAAUGCUGGGCACUACGUAAACUAUCAUGCGCUACAAAUUUGCCAGUGCAACAGAGAGACCAGUGAAGAUCUUCACGAACUCGUCAAAGGUUAUUUUGCCCUCGACAGCUUGGGCAUAUCUAAGCAAAGUAAACUACUUCUGUCACACGAGGACCAACGAGCACAGUCAAUGCUGGAAUCACUCACUCGGCCCGCAGACAGUCGUUUCGAAUCCGGGCUUCUAUGGAAGUACGAUUCGGUCCGACUUCCGGAUAGUGCAGCGAUGGCACUGCGAAGAUGGCGAUGCCUAGAUAACCGCAUGAUGAAGGAUCCACUUCUGGCGGGCGAAUUGAACGCGAAAAUCCAGGAUAAUAUCAACAAAGGCUACAUUCGCAAGUUGUCCGCGGAAGAGCUGGAACUAAACCGCCCACGAGUUUGGUACCUUCCGAUAUUUCCAAUCGUCAAUCCGAACAAGCCGGGCAAAACGAGACUCGUAUGGGAUGCAGCUGCCACCGCCUUUGGAGUUUCACUCAACUCAGUUCUGUUAACAGGACCAGACCAACUGACAUCUCUUCUGUCUGUGCUGAUCCAGUUCCGGGAGUUUCGGACAGUGGUAUGCGGCGACAUCCGUGAGAUGUACCACCAAGUAAGGAUGCGGGAGGACGACCAGCAUUGCCAACGCUUCUUCUGGAAGGCCUGCGAGACAGAUAUCGACCCUAGUGUCUACGUAGUGCAAGUAAUGACGUUCGGCGCAUGCUGCUCGCCGAGUAUGGCACAAUACGUAAAAAAUUACAAUGCAAAGAGAUUCGAACAAGAACACCCAGAAGCAGUUCACGCAAUCGUAAAGCAACACUACGUUGACGAUAUGCUUCUGAGUGUGGAAUCUGAGGAGGAAGCAAUACAAGUGGUUCGAGAAGUACAGACAGUGCACAGGUCAGCAGGCUUCGAAAUGCGGAACUGGAUCUCCAACUCACCCAGAGUUGUGUCAGCUAUGAGCGAAACAGGCUCCGACGAGAAAACCCUCAGUAUCGGCGACAAACACGUGUCAGAACGGGUUCUCGGAAUGUGGUGGAACACCUCAACAGACUGCUUCACAUAUAAAAUGUCACCGCGGUACGAGCAGCUACUGAUCAGUGGGCAGCGACGACCGACAAAACGCGAAGUGCUUCGUACGUUAAUGAUGAUAUUCGAUCCCUUAGGACUCAUAGCACACUUCCUAAUGCAACUAAAAUCCUUGCUGCAAGAAAUCUGGAGAACUUCAGUCAGCUGGGACGACCCCAUCGAUGAGUCGUUGUUUCAAAAGUGGUUGGCAUGGCUGACAGUGUUGCCGCAGGUAUCGUCUAUCGAAAUACCCCGAUGCUACCGAACACUCACAUCUGCGACGGACGGAACGGUGGUUCAACUGCACACGUUCGUCGACGCAAGCGAGAACGGUUUCGCAGCUGCAGUGUAUUUGCGUUUUCAGGAAGGAGAAACCAUCGAAUGCAGACUGGUCGGAGCAAAGACGAGAGUCGCGCCGCUAAAGUUUCUCUCAAUUCCGAAGUCCGAAUUGCAAGCCGCUGUGAUAGGCGUGAGAUUAGCGGGAACCAUUGCCAAAUCGCUAUCCGUCAAAAUCAAUCAACAUUUCUUCUGGACUGACUCCAGAGAUGUCCUCUGCUGGCUCAACUCGGAUCACCGUAGGUAUAGCCAAUUCGUGGCCUUCCGUGUUAGCGAGAUCCUGGAAACGACGAACGUUAACGAAUGGCAGUGGGUGCCAACGAAGCUGAACGUGGCAGACGAGGGAACCAAAUGGACACGAGCUCCAGAUAUGACUGCCUCCAGUCGAUGGUUUUGCGGUCCCAAUUUUCUCUGGCAACCGAAGGAAGCAUGGCCUGUUUCCCCGCACUCAUUUGGAUCGACUAAAGAAGAGUUGCGGCCUCAUCUUCUGCUUCAUACCGUGCCGUUGGACCCAGUGGUUCAGCCACAUGAUUUCUCGGAAUGGUCUUCUCUACUGCGCCGAAUGGCUUAUGUGACCCGUUUCGUAGACAACCUGAGGCAAGCUAAGAUGAAAAAACCAAGGCAGAGUGGCCCUCUGACUCGCGACGAGCAAAGAAAGGCGAAAAAUUACCUGUUUCGUCUUGCACAGCGCAGUGCGUAUCCCGAUGAGAUAGCAGUCCUGAAUGAACCCUUAUCAACCACCCAGCAACGCAAGUUUAUAAAAAACAACAGUUCGCUACGCAAGAUGUGCGCCUUUCUUGACAAGGAUGGCAUUCUAAGGGCCCUCGGCCGAAACCAAGAAUGUAAAUUCACAGAUUACGACGCCGCUAAUCCGGUUAUUCUUCCACGGAAUCACCACAUCACUAGGCUUAUCGUGUCCAACGCACACAAGCAGUUUAACCACCAGAACCAUGAGACGAUCAUCAACGAGCUUCGCCAGCGAUUCCGCAGUCCACGUCUGAAGGUAACAUACCGUGCAAUUCGGAAGGAGUGCCAACAGUGUAAAAAUAACCAGGCUGCCCCGCAACCACCUGCGAUGGCCGAUCUACCACUCGCUCGCCCGGCUGCCUUUGCUCGACCAUUUACGUACAUGGGGAUAGAUUAUUUUGGCCCAAUGACGGUAUCCGUCGGACGACGCACAGAAAAACGUUGGGGGGUACUGGCAACAUGUCUUACCAUUCGCGCCGUACACUUAGAACUCGCUCACACACUGACGACAGAUUCCUGUAUCAUGGCUAUACGCAACAUCUUCGCUAGAAGGGGAGUUCCGGCAGUGAUCUACAGCGACCGUGGCACAAACUUCCAGGGCGCCAGUAAGGAGCUACAGCUAGCGCUACAGGAACUCGACGACGACCGGCUGAUGCGGGAGUUCACCACGGCUCGAACGGAAUGGACUUUCAAUCCGCCAGUCUCUCCUCACAUGGGAGGAGCAUGGGAACGUCUGGUUCAGUUCGUGAAACGGAACCUAACUGUGCUGCAAUCGAAUGCUACGCCAACUCACGAGGUGCUCCAGAACGCGUUGGUGGAAGUUGAGAACGUUCUCAACUCGCGGCCACUCACUAGCGUCCCGCUGGAAAACGACGAAUCUCCAGUGCUGACGCCCAAUCACUUUCUGCUGGGUACGCAAAACGGCUUACGACCGUGGGUGCCAUUCGACGACAGCUCUGCAGCUCUACGAAACAGCUGGCAACGUUCGCAGGCCAUGGCCAACCGAUUCUGGAAGUUGUGGGUUAGAGACUAUCUUCCAACGCUUACUCGGAAACCGAAGUGGCUCACAACAGCAAAACCCAUUGCAGUCGGCGACGUUGUCAUCAUCGUGGACCCAAAUCUACGGCGAAACUGCUGGCCGAAGGGUCGAGUUAUCUGCGUCAAACCUGGUGCAGAUGGACAAGUGAGAUGGGCGACGGUGCAGACGGCCAACGGAAUCUACGAGAGGCCUGCCGUUAAACUCGCUGUCCUGAACGUAGGCGUUGAGAUGAAUGCUUCAGGGAGACCCUUACUGCAUUCCGGGGGGAGUGUUAACAGCGCUACACAGUUAAGCGAGCCCCUCGGCGCCCAUGCAACAAAUCAACAACACUAACCGCGCCUUCCGCCUUCUCGGGGGAUUGGCACGAAUAAUGUGAGGAUUAGUGAGCGGUAUCGAUUAUUUGCAAUUCUUAAUUUAGUCAAUUCUAUUUGUGAAAAGCUACAGUACGGAUCAAGAUAGUACGGGGACAACCUAGUACGGAUCUAAGAGUACAAGUACCGCCUUGAAGCUCACGUUCGCAUAGAAAUCAGUACAGUGCUGAACUGAGUCGUUAGGGUGAGUGGUUAGAUUGUCAGCUAACAAAUAGAUUUGAUGUAUAAAUUGCAUAUAGUGUCGCCAGAUUGAUCGCUCUCCGGAAAGUUUAAACACGUUGCAGGACAGUACAGUCACUAAAAGUAAGGGAAUGUAUGCAUUAUCCUAUCAAACUAAAACCUUAAUCAUUCUAGGAAUUUUAUAAUCAUCCCAUACGUUUCAUCUACAAUAAAGUGAAGAUUGAUAAAAUCUGCGAGUACUCACUGCUGUCGAGCAACAAUGAAUGUAUUAAUUAAAGAUUUGUAAUGGGUUGUAAAUGUUGUAAAAAUACGUCGAUAUA